AUGUCUGUUGACAUGCUGACGGCUUUCGCUUUGGAAAUUGUGAAAAUCUUCUUAACAGUAUAUCUGAAGGUACAGCUCUUCAUUAAAUAUAUGGGCUUAGUCCAGCUUGCAUUGGCGUUACUCGUUUUGACGAGCGCUUCAUCGGCUAGGAAGACGUCGAAUCAGCUCAUUUCACUGCACGAGGAAAACUGGACAGAGAUCAUGAAAGGCGAAUGGAUGGUGGAAUUCCAUGCUCCUUGGUGCCCGGCUUGCAAGGAUCUGCAAAAAGCUUGGAAUGCAUUCGCUGACUGGUCAAAGGAUCUCAAUAUCCGGGUUGGCGAAGUUGAUGUGACAGUCAAUCCUGGUCUUUCUGGUCGCUUCCUGGUUACUGCUCUACCUACAAUCUAUCAUGUGAAGGAUGGUGUAUUCCGCGUCUAUUCUGGUCCAAGAGACAAGAACGACUUCAUCACUUUCAUCGAGGAUAAGAGGUGGCGCAAUAUUGACCCAGUCCCAGAUUACAAACAUCCUAACAGCAAGCAAAUGGCCGUUGUUGCCGUGUUCUUCAAGCUUUCUAUGGCUGUACGUGAUCUUCAUAAUCACUUAGUCGAAGUGAAGGGAGUGCCUUCAUGGGCGUCAUAUUCUCUCUUCGCGGGUGUUACGCUUGCUCUCGGGUGUAUCCUAGGAUUCUUCAUUGUUCUUAUCAUUGAUCAAGUGUUCCCGACUGGUGCUAAGAAAACAGCGGCAGCAGCAGCGAAAAAGGAAGCUAAGAAAGAUUCAAACGGAUCGGUGAAAAAGUCGGAAGAAUCGAAGAAAAAGGAAAACAGUGGAUCACCAAAGUCUUCAGCUGAGACGAAAAAGACGAAGUAA